AUGUAUCGCUCCACCAAGGGCGCCUCCAAGGCGCGCCGCGACCAGAUCAACGCUGAGAUCCGGAACCUCAAGGAGCUGCUGCCGCUGGCUGAAGCGGACAAGGUCCGGCUGUCCUACCUGCACAUUAUGAGUCUUGCCUGCAUCUACACUCGCAAGGGCGUCUUCUUCGCUGGAGGCACUCCUCUGGCGGGCCCCACAGGGCUUCUCUCAGCUCAAGAGCUUGAAGACAUAGUGGCAGCACUACCUGGAUUCCUGCUUGUGUUCACGGCGGAGGGGAAGCUGCUAUAUCUCUCUGAGAGUGUGAGCGAGCAUCUGGGCCACUCCAUGGUGGACCUGGUUGCCCAGGGUGACAGUAUCUACGACAUCAUUGACCCAGCUGACCACCUAACUGUGCGCCAGCAACUCACGCUGCCCUCUGCUCUGGAUAAUGAUCGCCUCUUCCGCUGUCGCUUCAACACCUCCAAGUCCCUCAGGCGCCAGAGUGCAGGCAACAAACUGGUGCUUAUUCGAGGCCGAUUCCACGCUCACCCACCUGGGGCCUACUGGGCAGGAAAUCCUGUGUUCACAGCUUUCUGUGCUCCACUGGAGACAAGACCCCGUCCUGGCCCUGGCCCUGGUCCUGGUCCUGGCCCUGCCUCACUUUUCUUGGCCAUGUUCCAGAGCCAUCACGCUAAGGACCUGGCCCUUCUGGACAUCUCAGAGAGUGUCCUAAUCUACCUGGGCUUUGAGCGCAGUGAACUGCUCUGUAAAUCAUGGUAUGGACUGCUGCACCCUGAGGACCUGGGCCACGCUUCUGCUCAACACUACCGCCUGUUGGCUGAGAGUGGAGAUAUUCAAGCAGAGAUGGUGGUGAGACUGCUGGCCAAGCCUGGAGGCUGGGCGUGGAUUUAUUGCCUUUUAUAUUCAGAAGGUCCGGAGGGUCCCAUUACUGCCAAUAACUACCCAAUCAGUGAUACAGAAGCCUGGAGCCUCCGCCAGCAGUUAAACUCUGAAGAAACCCAGGCAGCCUAUGUCCUGGGCACGCCGACCAUGCUGCCCUCAUUCCCGGAGAACAUCCUCUCCCAGGAACAAUGCUCUGGCCCUAAUCCACUCUUCACCAUGGGGCCUCCCCGAAGCACCAAUUUCCCCAGUGCUCCUGAGCUGGGUGCUGUCUCAACACCAGAAGAGCUUCCCCGACCCCCCAAAGAGCUUGGCUUCAGUUACCUGACAUUCCCAUCUGGCCCUGAGCCUUCUCUUCAAGCAGACCUGAGCAAGGAUCUUGUGUGCACCCCACCCUACACGCCCCACCAGCCGGGAGGCUGUGCCUUCCUCUUCAGCCUCCAUGAGCCCUUCCAGACCCACUUGCCCACUCCAUCCAGCUCUCUCCAAGAACAGCUGACUCCAAGCACUGUGACCUUCUCUGAUCAAUUGACGCCCAGCAGUGCAACUUUCCCAGAUCCGCUGACUAGCCCACUACAAGGCCAACUGACUGAAACCUCAGCCAGAAGCUAUGAAGAUCCUUGCACCUCCACUUUCCCAGAUCAGCUGCUUCCCAGCACUGCCACCUUCCCAGAGCCUCUGAACAGCCCUGCCCGUGAGCAGGUGAAUUCUCCAAGCACAGCAUUCCAAGCACACCUGAACAGCCCCAGCCAAACUUUCCCAGAGCAACUGAGCCCCAAUCCCACCAAGACUUACUUCGCCCAGGAGGGAUGCAGUUUUCUCUAUGAGAAGUUGCCCCCAAGUCCUAGCAGCCCUGGUAAUGGGGACUGCACACUCCUGGCCCUAGCCCAGCUCCGGGGCCCCCUCUCUGUGGAUGUCCCCCUGGUGCCCGAAGGCCUGCUUACACCUGAGGCCUCUCCAGUCAAGCAGAGUUUCUUCCACUAUUCUGACAAGGAGCAGAAUGAGAUAGACCGUCUCAUCCAGCAGAUCAGCCAGUUGGCUCAGGGCAUGGACAGGCCCUUCUCAGCUGAGGCUGGCACGGGUGGGCUAGAGCCACUUGGGGGGCUGGAGCCCCUGGACGCUAACCUUUCCCUGGCAGGAGCUGGCCCCCCUGUGCUCAGCCUGGACCUGAAACCCUGGAAAUGCCAGGAUCUGGAUUUCCUGGCUGACCCUGAUAUAUUCCUGGAAGAGACGCCCGUGGAAGACAUCUUCAUGGAUCUCUCUACCCCAGACCCCAAUGGGGAAUGGAGUUCAGAGGAUCCUGAGGCAGCAGUCCCAGGAGGGGCCCCAUCACCUUGCAACAACCUGUCCCCAGAAGAUAGCAGCUUCCUGGAGGACCUGGCCACAUACGAAACCGCCUUUGAGACAGGUGUCUCAGCAUUCCCCUACGAUGGGUUUACUGAUGAGUUGCAUCAACUCCAGAGCCAAGUUCAAGACAGCUUCCAUGAAGAUGGAAGUGGAGGGGAACCAACGUUUUGAAUAAGUCUGUGACUUAACGUCGUCAAGUAUGGCAUAUUGUCAUCAAGACAUGG